GCGGGGACGCCGCGCGCUCCCAACGUCGCCCCGGUUUGACGCACACGGCACCAAACUGUUUGAUUAAUUUUGAAUGAGAUUGUUCUUGCAGCGAAAUGUUAAUAAGACAAAAACUAGACUAAAUGUGUUAAAUGGGCUUGCCAACAAUAUGGAUGAUUCAAAGAUAAACACCGAUAUUACUGGUGCUAAAGAAGAACUCCUAGAUGACAGCAAUUUUAUCCCAGAGAAAGAAGGUGGAGUUCAUAAACCAAAAGAUUGCCAGACAUCAUUUCAAAAAAACAAUACGUUGACUCCGCCUGAAGAACUAUCAAAGGAGAAAUCUGAAAAAGCCUUAAGUGGAGCCCAGUCUACUCUAUUUAUACAUGCUGGUGCUCCUGCUGUUUCUAGUGAAAACUUUGUCUUGCCUAAAGGAGCUGCUGUUAAUGGACCAGUUUCACACUCCUCCUUAACUAAGACUUCCAGUAUGAAUAAAGGCAGUGUUUCAUUAACCACUGGACAGCCUGUGGAUCAGCCUGCAACAGAAUCUUGUUCAACUUUGAAGGUAGCAGCUGAUCUUCAGCUGCCUACACCACAGAAAGCAAGUCAACACCAAGUUUUAUUUUUGUUAUCAGAUGUAGCACAUGCUAGGAAUCCAACUCAUUCCAUUAAAAAACUACCUACCUCUGCUUCAGUUGGUUGUGACAUUCAGAAUUCAGUGGGGAGUGGUAUAAAGUCAGAUAGCACUUUAGUAAAUCAAGUAGAGGUGGGUGAAAAUAGUGAAGAUUUGUUGGUAAAAGAUGAUUGUGUCAAUACAUUGACAGGAAUUUCCUCAGGUACAGAUGAAUUUAGGUCAGAAAAUGAUGCAAACUGGGAUCCCCAAAAAGAAUUCAUUCAGUUUCUUAUGUGUAAUGAAGAAACAGUAGAUAAAAAUCCAGUUCACUCUAAAGUAGGUCUAGAAAAAAAGAGAAAGCGGAAAAUGGAUAUAAGUAAGAUAACGCGUUAUACUGAGGAUUGCUUAAGUGAUUCCAAUUGUGUACCUAAUAAAUCAAAAAUGUUGGAAGUAGACUUUCUAGAACAGAAUGAAGAGCUACAAGCAGCAGACUCACAGAAAUUUGCUUUAGCAAAAGUGAAGCCUGAAUCAAAUGAUGAAGACUUGGAAUCUGUGGAUGCUUUUCAACAUCUGGUUUAUAACCCAGAUAAGUGUAGAGACGACAGUUCACCUGUUCAUACUAGCACUUUCCUUUCAAAUACCUUAAAAAAGAAAUGUGAAGAGAGUGAUUCUGAGUCACCUGCUACUUUCAGUACUGAAGAGCCAUCAUUUUACCCCUGUACCAAGUGCAAUGUGAAUUUUAGGGAGAAAAAACACCUGCACAGGCACAUGAUGUAUCAUUUGGAUGGGAAUAGUCACUUUCGCCAUCUUAAUGUCCCAAGGCCAUAUGCUUGCAGAGAAUGUGGACGGACAUUUCGAGAUCGUAAUUCACUUCUAAAGCAUAUGAUUAUUCAUCAAGAAAGAAGACAGAAGUUGAUGGAGGAAAUUCGUGAAUUGAAAGAACUUCAGGAUGAAGGACGCAGUGCACGAUUACAGUGUCCUCAGUGUGUGUUUGGUACCAACUGCCCUAAAACAUUUGUGCAACAUGCUAAAACCCAUGAAAAAGAUAAAAGGUACUAUUGUUGUGAAGAGUGCAACUUCAUGGCAGUGACGGAAAAUGAACUGGAAUGUCAUCGGGGCAUUGCACACGGGGCAGUGGUAAAAUGUCCUGUGGUCAGUUCUGAUAUAGCGCAAAGAAAAACUCAAAAGAAGGUUUUCAUGAAAGACUCAGCCAUAGGAUCAUCCAAAAAGUCAGCUUCCUACAUGUGCAAGGCAUGUCCCUUUACAACUUCAGCCAGAAGUGUUUUAAAAAAACAUAUGGAAUAUUUGCAUUCAUCAUCAUGUGUUGAUUCAUUUGGUAGUUCUCUUGGGCUUGAUAAGAGACAAAAUGACAUCAUUGAAGAGCCUAUAGAUGUUGAUGGCAGUAAACCAUUAAUAAAGCAACAGUCAGCCACAUUUCCAAAGAACUCUGCUUUAAAACAAGAUGUGAAGCGAACAUUUGGAUCAAACUCGCAAUCAAGUAAUUUUUCAAAGUUCCAUAAGCGACCACACAGAAUACAAAAAGCUCGGAAAAGCAUUUCCCAGUCAGGUGUAAAUACAUGCAAUCAAAACAACUCUCCUCACAAGACUGUUAUGAAUAAAAGCAGCAUUGACCAAAAACCCAAAUAUUUUCAUCAGGCAGCAAAAGAAAAAUCCAAUGCCAAGGCAAGUAAUAACUAUUUGUAUAGACAUAAAUAUGAAAACUACAGGAUGAUCAAAAAAUCAAGUGAAUCAUAUCCUCUACAUUUCAAAAAAGAGGCUGGUUCUUUAAAUUCUUUACAUAUGUUUUCAUCAUCAAGUAAUUCACGUAAUAAUAGUUUUAUUUCAGACUCUCAUAACCCUGAUGCCAAAAGGCCAGAAAGCUUCAGAGAGCAUAGGCGUGUAGCUGUAAAAAGAGUACUUAAAGAAUCUAAGAAGGAAAGUUCUGUUGGAGGAGAAGAUUUGGAUAGCUAUCCUGAUUUUUUGCACAAGAUGACUGUUGUUGUUUUGCAAAAACUUAAUUCUGAAAAGAAAGAUAGCUAUGAAACAGAAGAUGAAAGCUCCUGGGACAAUGUCGAGUUAGGUGAUUACACUACACAGGCCAUAGAAGAUGAAACCUAUAAUGAAAUAAAUCAAGAUCAUGUAAACUUAUUCCCUCUAUUCAAAAGCAAGGUGGAAGAUCAAGAGCCUGGAGAAAAUACUGCCCUUAGUUAUGAUCAAAAUGAUGGGUUUUAUUUUGAAUAUUAUGAAGAUGGUGCAACUAACAACUUUUUACAUGAGAUUCAUGAACCUCAGAAUUUAGAAAAUGCAGAAACUUCAUUAUCAAAGCAUAAUUCUGUUUUUCAUUGGACUGAUUUGUCUCUUGAGAAGAAAUCAUGCCCUUACUGCCCAGCAACAUUUGAAACAGGUGUAGGGUUAUCGAAUCAUGUCCGGGGUCAUCUUCACAGAGCAGGAUUAAGCUAUGAAGCCCGCCAUGUUGUAUCACCAGAACAAAUAGCCACAAGUGACAAAAUGCAACAUUUCAAAAGAACUAGUACAGGGACACCUGUUAAGCGAGUUAGAAAAGCAAUAGAAAAGUCUGAAACUACUUCUGAACAUACCUGUCAACUCUGUGGUGGUUGGUUUGAUACUAAAAUUGGAUUAUCAAAUCAUGUUAGAGGCCACUUGAAGAGACUAGGAAAGACCAAAUGGGAUGCUCACAAAUCUCCAAUCUGUGUUCUGAAUGAGAUGAUGCAAAAUGAAGAAAAAUAUGAAAAAAUCCUAAAGGCAUUGAAUAGUCGUCGUAUUAUUCCUAGACCAUUUGUGGCUCAGAAACUUUCUUCAAGUGAUGACUUUCUAUCUCAAAAUGUUAUACCUCUUGAAGCGUACCAUAAUGGCCUAAAGACUGAAGCUCUAUCAGUGUCUGCAUCAGAGGAAGAAGGGCUUAAUUUCUUAAAUGAAUAUGAUGAAACAAAACCAGAACUGCCCAGUGGAAAAAAGAAUCAGUCUCUUACACUGAUAGAACUUCUUAAAAGUAAAAGAAUGGGAGAAGAAAGAAAUUCUAGUAUUUCUCCUCAAAAGAUCCAUAAUCAGACAGCAAGAAAGAGAUUUAUUCAGAGAUGUGUUCUUCCAUUAAAUGAAGAUAGUCCAUUGAUGUAUCACCCACAAAAAAUGGACUUGACUAUGCACUCAGCUACUCUUUUGCAGAAUGGAUUGGUUAUUCUCUUUCUAUAUAAUUCAUCAGUUGAUGCUCAGCACUGAACUCUGUGCCUCGUUUCUUGAUCUCAGUGUAAGGUGAGAGUAAGUGGGAAAAAAACUGCAAAAAAAAUCAUACACACAAAAUUUGCUAUGGCUGUUGAAUGGUUAUGGAUGGUAGGCUAUUGGUGUUUAAAAAUAAUAAUAAUAGUGAAGAGGUAGAUAUUGCCUUAUUUGCCAGUGCUCCAAAGUGACAUGUUUUCAAGAUUUAGCUAUUGCUUUUUCCCACCACUUGCAUGAAAAAAGAGUCUUUAAACUGAAUGGAUUGGUGUCUUGUUGCACAGGGUGAUUAUCUCAGAACACUUUCCCUCCCCAUUUCCUCAUUGUGGGAUGGUUUGGUUUUGGAGGAUUGUCUGAAGUAUAAAACCUACUCGUUUGGGCUUUUUAGACUUUAUGGUGGUAAACAGACAAUUGAGCUUGAUGCUUUUGCGCCAGUAGCUUUUCUUUUACAAACGCAUGUUUUGUGUGUGUUGGGAAAUGAAGCUGCACAUAAUACAAAGCUUUUAUUUGGUAUUGCAAAGUCUGAUUUAUUGUUUUACAGUAGAAGAAUUCUAAGUGUCUUUAGGUUGGUUUUUGGAGGUUAAGAAUGUUGAAGGUUCACUUAGGUGAUCUCAUAAUCAGAACCCUAGGUUGAAUGUGUUGGAAGUAAUGGUACUUGGCUACUCGGUUAGUCAUGAACAAGAUUAUGUGAGGUACUGUUGACUUGUUUACCUUGGGCAGAUGAUGGACUAUCCUACGUGUAAUGCAGUUUGUAAUGCAGUUUUGAUUUAGGGCAAGGUUCCUUGUACUGCACAUGAUGUGAAAUUUUUUUCUCUUGUAUGAUCUAACAGUUAGUAGGGCUCUUUUGAACGGAGAGAGUCCUUCAAGGUCAAUAACUUUCUCUUGGAAGAUUAGCUGUAUUUCCUGAGAUGCUGUAUACUUGAGAGAAGGAAGUACAUUUGUGGAAGUACAUUUGUUGCUGUUGCAGUCAUGUGGAGGAAACUAAUGGAAGCAUGUUGACGAGAGAGAGUUGUUGGAGAAGUUAUGAGUUUUUCUUAUUGUUUUCUUCCCAGUGAUGACUGACUCAACUGUUAGCUUGUUGAUCAUUUAUUUAGCACAAAGAUUUUAGCAAAAACUUUAAAUCAUUAACUUUCAUUAUUGAUUGCGCAUUCAAAGUAAUGAACAUAAAGUGCCCUGAAUAAAAUGUUGUGUCUAACAGCUGUUCAGCGGUGUGUUUUACCACCUUUUCUCCCAGCCUUCAUCAGAAAGCCUAAUUUAGUAUCAAGCCUUUUACGGUUUUGUGGGUAAAACACUUUAAUUACCACUUUGUCAACUAGACUUUUUAAUUCUUUUUAUUGGUAGUGUUGUAAGCUUAACUUCCAACAGAACUGUGCUACUCAAAUCACAGGAUUGUAUUUUAGUAGGUUUAAGAAAUGAUCUGCGUAACACAGAAAUCUGCAAGAAAGUGAUAAUAGCUGUUAAGUCCAGGAAGCUGUGAGGUUCAAGUCGUCCUUCUUCCAUCUUUCCAAACAGCAUGGGUUGGCCCUAUGUACUAACAACAACUAAUAGUUAACUUGAUUUCCCCCUCCUUCUAUUGAGUUAACCUAAUUCAAUGAACGUUUUUUUAAGCCAUCUUUAUUGUGGUACAUUUCUACACACUUUAAAGCUAAAAAAAUUUCACUUUCUGAAGUGAGAACUGGAUUAUAGUUUUCUUUUGAAUGAUAGGUAUGCCUGUGAAGCUUAGAACAUGUGUGCAUUGCAAUACGACGUUUACAAGUGCUGUUAGCCUGUCCAACCACUUACGCGCUUAUGCACGAAAGAAGAGCGCUGGACUUUUGACUGGUACAGGUAUGUUUGAACAGAUAUCACAGCAAGUCUGCUUGAUACAAUUUUUUUCCUCACCAGAUUGGUGUUAAUUCAAAUGAUAGUUAUACCUUUCUUUAGUAAGCAGCAGUUGAGUCUGAAUACACUUCAAAUUUCAGCAACUUGUAAACUAUUAGAUAUAAUUUAAAGCAAGUUAUUCUUUUUUAUUGGCUCAUACAGAUUUAAGGGGAAAAACCCAAAAAGAGAUGUGGAACUUCUGAGUCUACAUAGCUCCUAUUGAUUUUUAAAUUCCACUAUUUAAAACUUUUUUUGUUCAAUUCAGUAAGAUACCUCUCUUUGAUUUAAAAAAAAAGACACUUCUGAUUUGCAAAUGCUUUACUAAAAAAAAGGAAAUUAUAAUAAAGUUUCAAAUAUAACUAAAGAAACUAGUGAGUUUUCAUUAAUCUACAUCAAACUUUUGAAGCAGCAAAUCUCACAAUGGCGAUAUGUUGACAGUUGAAUAGGUUCUUCUCUAAUGUCCCCAAGUCUUACUUAAGACUAAUGAAAUUGAUAGGCACCUAAGUGCUAACAUGCACAUUUCUGUGUUAUUUUUGGUUGGUUAGCCCAGCCUUGCAGAUACCUCUUCAUACUGCUUAUCUGUGAAAAUGUUAUUAGCUUACUCAUGUAAUAUGCUUCUUACACCCUGGAAAAUGCUUUGCUCUGUCAUUUGUAGUCUUUCAAGCUGCCCUGCUUCAGCAAGUUCCAUUUCUUUUGCAUCUGGAAAUAAUACUCUUUUCUAAGCAGAUUUGCAUAAAUCCUUUUGCCCAGAAUUCUCUUGCCAGUCUUUUUUUUUUCCUCUUGGUCUUUUUAGAUCACUGCUUCUGCUUUCUUCUAGUUGCUAUUUUCCCAGCCUUCUGUGAUCUUCCUCAUGUUCUAUGACUUGAACUCAAAAUGUUCUUGAUGCCAAAGUAGCAUGUGUGUUGAUACUGGUGUCUGUCAUUCUUUUGCUUCUUUAUUCUUUGACUUGACAUAAAAUUCACUAUGGAUGACUUGAUCCUUUGUAUUAAAAGGAGAUAGUGGGUUUUCUUUUACAAGAUUAGUCCUCCUACUGUGGGGUUAUAUAUUUAUAUAUUCU